AUUCAUUCAAUCAUUCUGUUCCGUUCGGAGGUUGCACAAUUAUUGGGUUACGGAAUAUUGAAUAGGUUAUAUUUUACUAUUGAGUGUUACAUAUUCUUUAAUAUUUGUUAUUGAUUAUAACAAUGGCUCAAAGUAAGUUGAAUGAUAUGGCAGGGAAAUUCGCCAAAGGUGGCCCUCCCGGUCUUGGUAUUGGAUUAAAAGUAGUUGCCGUUGUCGGUGCAGCCGCUUACGGCAUUUCACAAUCUUUAUUUACUGUUGAGGGUGGACACCGUGCGAUCAUGUUCAACAGAAUAGGAGGUGUUCAACAGGAGGUUAUGGCUGAGGGAAUGCAUUUCCGUAUCCCUUGGUUCCAAUACCCCAUCAUUUACGAUAUCAGGUCACGUCCUCGCAAGAUUUCUUCUCCCACUGGUUCAAAAGACUUGCAAAUGGUUAACAUUUCACUCAGAGUGCUAUCCCGUCCUGACUCCAAAUACCUUUCCACUAUGUACAGACAACUGGGUACCGAUUAUGAUGAGAAGGUGUUGCCUUCCAUUUGUAACGAAGUUUUAAAAUCUGUUGUUGCUAAAUUCAAUGCUUCCCAGCUUAUAACCCAGAGACAACAAGUAUCUCUGUUGAUUAGAAGAGAAUUGGUUGAGAGAGCUGCUGAUUUUAACAUUAUUUUGGAUGAUGUAUCACUCACUGAAUUAAGUUUUGGUAAAGAAUAUACAGCUGCUGUAGAAGCUAAACAGGUUGCUCAACAAGAAGCUCAACGUGCUGCUUUUGUAGUUGAAAGGGCCAAGCAAGAGCGUCAACAGAAGAUUGUGCAAGCAGAAGGAGAGGCCGAGGCUGCAGAGAUGUUGGGUAAAGCCAUGGGAAUGAACCCCGGUUACCUAAAGCUGCGUAAGAUCAGGGCCGCACAAAGCAUAUCUCGUAUGAUUGCUCAGUCUCAGAACCGAGUGUUCCUGCCCGGUAACAGUCUUAUGAUCAAUCUUCAAGAUCCCUCCUUCGAUGAUUUGUCAGAAAAGCUUACAAAGAAGAAGUAACAUGAGGCUGAGAAAGAGCAGUCUCUCACCCCGGAGCCUCUUUCAAAGGAUGAAACUGUUGUAAUUAUAAGUGGGGCUUCGUCAGUUGCAAUUUAAAAAAUACCUAUAGCAUUUUUUCAAGGGAAUGUACUUCUAUUUUCAUGAUGCGUUGCAUUUUAUGUUACUUAGUUGUAGGAUUAGUGUGUAUGAUAAUCGAGAAUUACAUUAAAAAAUCUAAAU